AUGUCGCGCCGUCCAUCUGAGCUUGGAGCCCCCCACUUCAAUCGCCGCCCGUCCGUGCUCGACUCGCCCAUCUCGAGGAGGCAGUCGGGCACGUCCUCGCGCAGGCCCUCCAUCGACCCCUCCAGGCUGAUCCCCAUGGACAAGGCGUCCCACAUCGGUGGUACCUCCGAUUUCAACGUCGUCUUCGUCGGCGCGGGGAACAUCAUGUUCGGGUCGGACGAGGGCCCGUGGAACCAUUCCUUCCGCUUCGAACACAAGCUUGGCCCGCGUCUCAAGGUCGUCGCCCUCAUCGACCCCGCCGUCGAGCGCGCCACGGCCGUGCUCCAGAAGAAAUGCGAGACGUUCGUGCGCUCCGCGUACGAGAACACGCGCGUGUUCAAGACGCUCGAGGACUUCGUCCGGAACAUGUCCCCGAAGGACGCCCCGCGCGCGGUCAUCGUCGGCUCCCCGCCCAUGUUCCGCGGCACCCUCCAGCCCGGGCGCGACAUCGAGACGCAGAUCAUGAAGUACUUCCCCGGCGUCGCGAUGUUCAUCGAGAAGCCCGCCGCGACCGGCCCCGCGAGCGAGCUCCCCGAGGCGUUCGCGGUCGCGAAGGCGAUCAACGAGAGCGGCACGCUGUGCUCCGUCGGCUACAUGCUCCGCUACCUCCGCGCGGUGCAGAUGAUGAAGCAGAUCAUCAUCGAGAACAACCUGACGGUCAUGGCGACCAUCGCGCGCUACGCGUGCGCGUACGAGGCCAUCGCGAAGCCCGACUGGUGGGACAAGUCCAAGAGCGCGGGCCCGGUCAUCGAGCAGGGCACCCACUUCUGCGACCUCUCGCGCUACUUCGGCGGCGACGUCGACAUGUCGACCGUCAACGCGCACUCGCUCGAGUGGGACGAGAACGCGGGCGUGCUCUCGAAGAUGACCGUCGACGAGACGAAGAUCCCGCCCGAGAACAGGAUCCCCCGUGUCACUGCAGCUACAUGGAAGUACGAGAGUGGCGCCGUUGGAAGCUUCACCCACCUGGUCGCGCUGCAGGGCCACGACUACAGCUGCGAGUUGGAGGUCUACGCGGACGGCUACCAGCUCAAGCUCGUGAACCCCUACGUCCAGCCCAUCCUCUACAUCCGCAGACCGGGCAGCGACCUCGAGGAGAGCCACAGGUUCCCUGACGAUGAUCCGUUCUUCUCUGAGAUAUCUGUGCUGAUCGACAACAUCGAGGACAUCGAGGAGGACCCUGAGACGGCUACGAUUCUGAGCUCGUUCGAGGACGCAUGCAAGACUUAUGAGCUGACCUGGGCUAUCCGUCUCUCCGCGGAGCGCAAUCGCAAGGCGAAGCUGGAUGCAGACAAAGCUGCUGCUACCACGGCGGCGGUGGCCGCGGCUGCUUGA